AUGUGCGUCGACCUAAAUUCUUGGAAAGGGCACAUGAUUCAUGGGCAAUGUAGCCUGAGCCAAAAACAGAAGAUCUACCAAAGAAGGAAGUAUCAACUUGCAAGUGGUCAUCAUUCUUACCAUGACAAUAAUCCCAGCUACUUUGAUGGAAAGAGUCAGUAUCUUUGCAAGGGUAAUAUGAAAACUAUGCACAGAGCCACGAGAGACAAAUACGCCAAAAGUCCAUUAUAUCCUUUUGAUACAAACAGUGGAGCUCAUCUAAAGAAAUCAGAUAAAGCAGAAUAUCCAUUCAAGAAUAGACCUUCGGCAGAAUUACAUGACAAGUACUGGUACCAGAACAAGUCGAUCAAUAGGACUUACGAUUACCACUUUAAUAACGAUUACGAAUAUGACUUCGAUUACAAUUACGAUUACGAUUACGAUUACGAUCCAAGAAACAGCCAGACAUACCUACAUCUGGAUAUAAAUCCACGGUCAUCUUUUAGAAUUCCAUUGAUCUCCUUGUUCAGCUUACUAAACGUUCCUCCUGGGUCCAGAAUACAUUGUCUCAGACCAGGACUGCCCAUUCCCUCUGGUGCGGUUAUUCUACCCAUAAUCUACUCCGAUGAAUUGAGUCCACUGAGCAUGGAUAGAAGAGAGUAUCGAGAGAGUUCGUCACGAUAUCAGUCCUCUAGGCUAAAAACAGGUUCCAUGCCAGACGAUCAGACGUACGAAGAGUCAUCUGAUAGUAACAUUCUUAUACAGCUACCACCACCCUUUUAA